AUGGCCGUUGAAGUGGAUCGCUUAAUCAAACAAGACACUGGAUUCAAUCUCGAUCUUGCAAACAACCACAUCCAUUGCUUUUGCCACAAAGUGGCACUUAUACUAAAUGCUGGUCUCAAAGUGCUCGAUGUCGGCACCAUUGGGUUAACCAAGUCAAAAAAAGCGACUCUUGAUUUUACUCCUGGCCUCGCGUGCAUUGUCAAAGCAAACGAAGAAGAUUCUGAUCGAUCGAGCUCGUUGGACGAGGCUGCUCACAGCCCUGCUGAGGAUCGCGACUCCGCCAGUGAAUCUGAGAUGAGCGAAGACGGAAAUGAGAGCACUGAUUGUGCUACACAGUCGCAAGGCAACCACGUCGGACCGAUCCUGAAAAAGAUCAAUUCAGUGAUCCAGAAGAUCACUGCCUCGGCAGCCAAACGAUCUGAGUUUGAGACCUGGGCAAAAAAACUGGACUACUUGGGGCCAACCCUUAUCGCAGGGUAUGGAAUUCGAUGGAACAUAAAAUUUGAAAGCCGAGACCGAGGUUAUCAGGGAAGAAGUAUCAUAAAUCAGCUGCUUGUGAACGAAAAAGAUCGACAGGAGCUGGAGGGAGGGAAUAACUUUUACAACAACAUUGAAAUCUCGCGAAACGACUGGGACCUACUCAAAGAAUUGAACGACAUCCUUGGGGAGUUUUACUUCAUCACCAAGAAGAUGGAGGGAGACAUCUCCUCAGCGGGGAUGAUGCUUGCUUUCAGCCACAGAGUACAUGUCACAGUACCUUUCAUGUACCAAGUAACUGCAACACCUGUACUUAUGUACAUAAGUACUUAUCCAUAA